AUGUCACUUCAACUUAAUGACGAACGACUGCUUCAGAUUCAAAUGCUCAUAAACUCACCCCCAGAUAAAAUGUCAAAUCACUCAUCUCAAAACAAUGUCAAACUUGGAGCUGGCUGGCUUCCAAUCGAAUUAUUGACUUCAAUCAUUGAAUUCUUCGUGGCUCAAACCGAGAUCUUACCUUUUGCAAUAAAUACCAAUGACGAAGCCAUCAUUUUACCAACUGCCAUCCGGGAUAUUAAUAUUUUGCGAUUAGUUUGCAAAGAUUGGUGCACUGCUGCCACACCUUUUGCUUUUCAUACAGUUUAUUUAUAUAAAGCAAGCGGGGUGAAGUCUUUACUUCACACCUGUAGAACUUCAAUCGGUCACACUCAAAAAUCUUUACCAGUUAAGAAACUUAGAAUUGCAAAUAUAUGGUACUCGGGGGCAUCUCAUGGUGAAAACUCAGCUGAGGAAUUGCAGGACGCUCAACGGCAACUCCUCAACUUUGAAAUCGUUCACCGGUCCUGUCCAGUUUCGAUAGAUCAGGCGGCAGACGCGAUUAUCCUACUUGGUCACAACUUGAUCGAAUUGACCUUAAGGUUUAGUAGGUCAAUAACAAUAUCACCAUAUAUGUUGAGAUCCAUAAAAGAAAUCUCAUCUCUGAAGAAAUUGAGGAUAUUCGUUGAUCAACGCCGUGAAAGGAACAACGACUCUGAAUCGAUAUCCGCUCUACUCAAUGCUACUCCUACAUUAGAAUCUUUGAUGAUCUCCUUCUCUCACUUAGACGUUUUGAAUUUAAAACCUCAAGCUUUACCAAAUUUAAAGCACCUGUGGUUUCGAAGCUCUAGUACCAAUAUUGAGGCAGUUUCUCAACUGUGCAAUGCCGUCAAAGAUAGUGUAAAAGUAAUUGAAUACAACGUAGGCAAUGAACUAUCAGACCUCGGAAUGGCCAUUGAACCUAUGAAGGAAUCUCUUGAAGGUCUUUUUUGUACAACUCUUCCAAGACACCUUCCAAACGCUAUUAUUGGUAUGAGAUUUCCACGACUUCGUGUAAUGCGCAGUUUAUUCUGGUUAGAAUCUGGAUUAUUUCCAGAUUAUUCUUGGCUCCAAUGGCCAAUCCUGCAAAGCGUUCGAACUUUUGCUGCUGAAAUUCACUUUGGAAGAAUAUAUUGGAAAUGGGCUUUAGAAGAUGAUAGUUUUCAAAAACCCACUAAUUUAAAACAUUUUAUUUGUAUUACUGGUUGGCGCAAAAGGAUCAUAGAUGAAUCACUGGCCAAGGCUUUCAAGGCUCGUGGGAUCACAUGCCAUUUUAUGUUGGAAUUACGUCCACAUGAACUAUUAGUACGCAUUGGACUACAAGCUCAAUGGGCCAAUGAGAUGAAUCAAGCUGCUAAGCCUAUAUAA